CUGAUGCAGGCAGGUACCAUGUGUCGUGGUCCUGCGGGAGCGUGCGACCUGCCAGAGUACUGCACUGGUGGCUCUCCCUACUGCCCGUCCAAUGUUUACCUGCUGGAUGGAUCCUCCUGCCAGUAUGGUCACGCCUACUGCUACAACGGCAUGUGUCUGACCCACGAACAGCAGUGUCUGCAGCUGUGGGGCUACGGUGCCCGGCCAGCGCACGACGCCUGCUUUCAAGAUGUCAACGCAGCAGGGAACGCGUUUGGAAACUGUGGGAAGGACGGACAGGGAAACUACAUGAAGUGCGAAAAAAGCGACGCCAAGUGCGGGAAGAUCCAGUGCCACAGCGCGGCCAAGAAGCCGAAGGGCACCAACGCAGUGUCCAUAGACACCACCAUCCGUACGGACGGCAUGGAGGUGAAGUGCAGGGGGACAUAUGUCUAUACCACCCAGGAUGGACAAGGGGACCUCCCUGACCCGGGCCUCGUCAUGACCGGCACCAAGUGUGGAGAGGGGAAGUAUUGA